CGAAAAUGUCAGGGAAUUUUCUGCGGUCGAGCACAAGGCUAGUAAACGUAGUAAAAUGUUUAAAUGUUACUCCUCCAGUCUACAGAUGUCCUGUGGAAAUCUCAAGACAUUUCCAUUUACACAGUAAACGCUGUAUUACUGCUUGCCAGUUUGGACAGCAUUUUGACGAACGAAAUCCUCAACACCUGUUCUCCAUUCGUGAUUGACGUGUACCUGCCAUUAUCCAGUUGAAAUUAAGAUGCCAAGCCUUUCUCCGACUAUGACAGAAGGGGUCAUAAAAAAGUGGAUAAAACAGGAAGGAGAGGAAGUCAAGGCAGGUGAUGUUUUGCUGGUGAUGGAAACGGACAAAGCUGACAUGGAAAUGGAGGCAGAUGAAGAUGGAGUUCUUGCUAAGAUCCUGGUACCUGCAGGAACUGGGGCUCAAAUCCCUGUGGGCCAGCUGAUUGGGGUGCUGGCAGAGGAAGGGGAGGACUGGAAAUCUGUGGAGAUACCUGAGGUGACAGCUACACAAUCCCCAUCUAGUUCUGAAUCAUCAUCAUCAGUCACACCAGCAGCUCAGACAGGGGCAUCCGCAACUGCCAGCCAGAGUGGGCAGACCAGUUCAUCUUAUGGCCCAUCUGUGCGCAAACUUUUAGAGGAGUUUGGAAUAAAAUCGUCUGACAUCCAGCCCUCGGGACCGCAUGGACGCAUUGUAAAGGGUGAUGUACUGCAGCACAUUAAAAGCAAAGCAUUGAACAAAGUUGCUCUGGACUCCCCAGCACCAGGUGGACCAUCCUCCCAAGCUGCCAGCCCUUUGCCCAGUUCUUCCCUCAGUCCCGCAUCGAAACCUGCCCUCAAGCCAGGGGAGACUUAUGUAGAUAUACCCCAUUCCAAUAUGAGGAAAACCAUAGCUAAGCGACUCACUCAGUCCAAGUCUGGUGUACCGCAUACAUAUGCCAGUAUUUCUUGUGAUAUGGGGAAAAUAUCUCGGCUACGCAAACAACUCAAAAAAGAAGAUGUAAAGGUUUCGGUCAAUGACUUCAUCAUUAAGGCAGCAGCCAUUGGCCUGCAGCGCAACCCCAGAGUUAAUUCAGUGUGGCAGGGAGAUAAUGCACAGUCGUCAAACACUGUGGAUAUAUCAGUGGCUGUGGCUACAGAAAAUGGUCUGAUCACCCCAAUUGUCAAGAAUGCACCCUUCUUAGGAGUUGAUGACAUUUCUAACACUGUCAAGGAAAUGGCAGGAAGAGCUAGGAUAGGUAAACUCAAACCCCAUGAAUACCAAGGUGGAUCAUUCAGUAUUUCAAACCUGGGCAUGUUUGGUAUCCAGGAGUUCACAGCAGUGAUCAACCCUCCACAGUGUGCUAUCCUGGCAGUGGGCGCCACCAGGCCAGAGCUGGGGUUAGAUGGCCAACCUCAGGCUUUAAUGACUGUCCAACUAUCUUAUGAUGGCCGUGUGAUUGAUCAUACAGAGGCCUCUCAGUUCCUGGAAACCUUCAAAGCUCUAAUAGAAACACCAUCAUUAAUGGUGUCUGGGUUUGUAGCUUCAGGGCUCUGAUACUGCUCACAGGCCAUUUGGCUAGGAAAUCAAUGACCUCAUCUGCGGACUCCAGAGAUAUACGCAAAAUAUUGUUAGCCUUCAACUGACAUGGAUUGUGCAACAGGGAAUUGUAGAGAUUCGGAAUAUUUAUUAUAUUAUUGUUAAGUGUGUUCAUGGUUUCAGUUAACCAGGUUGAUAGCUUUUGCUGGCCAAGAUUUAAAUGCAGACUGCACUGCAUAUUUCCAUGGCAACUGGAAGCAUUGUUGGAUUGGUAUGAGCUACUCCACUAAAAGAAAACUUUCCUUUCGCUAUUUGAUAUAUAUUAGUCCAGUUCAGAAGUUUUCUACAAAUUUUCAUCGAAAUCUAUGUUACAAGUUACAAGCCCGAAUACAUGUUUGUUAACUUUAUGCCUUGAGCAAGCUGUUAAAUGCAUAAUAAUGAAAACGGAUGUUGUACAAAGUAUUUUAACACUUCAGAAAACGUAAUUACAUGAAGAGGAAUAACUGAUGUACAUAUGGAGGAACUGAUGUACAGGAUGUAAGCACAGCGAACUGAAAGAACAAGGAAUUCCUUAAAUAGAUCUGACGUGUUUAAACUGAGCCCUGCUCAACCACUGAUUGCAUCACGCUAUUGUACCAGAGUUAGCUUUUCAAGAAUAAGUCAAGAAUUCGGCCUGUGGAGAAUUUGCUCCUUCCAAAGUAUGAUAAACUUGAAAAUUAUAAUUUUACCUCUGAAAGUUCCCUCUAGAUGACAGCAUGUCAGUUUUAAGCAUUUUAUAAUGGAAAUAGCAUAAUAAUGUUAGGACAAGAACACUUUGGUACACCAGUGUUUAAUAAAAGAGCUUUAUGGUACAGUUAUUUUUGAUUGUAUUUUGAAAUGAGCCUGGAUGAUUUCACAUGGUGAGGGUCAUGAUCUUUUUAAGGACGCGAUACUUUGACUACCAGAAGCAGUACCAUUAUCCACCUUUUUAAAUCUAUAUUUUGGUGAUAUUUAUGUAAUGUGUGAUAAAUUUGGUAAUAAUAACUUUGAAGUUUCUUUUAUGUAAAAUAAAAUGUAAAAAAUAUUUCUCAAUUCGGAGUUGUUAAAAGCCGAUUUCAUCAGAAAACACUUUCAGUGGUUUUCUCUUGUUCAUUAUUUCAUGUGGGAGAAGAAAUUGCUCUAAACCUAACAAAGAAGAUCUGUAAAUUGCUUUUCUGCUUAUCUCAAGUUUACUACUGUAUGUGAAAUCACUCUAGCUCGUUUCUAUGAAGUUUUGACUUUUUAAGCAGCUAUAUCUCGAGGGACAAAUAAGAUAAUAUAUAUUAUGCAUGUUAAGGAUGGAAACUCUUUGUUUAAACAAAAUUUUGUUGGGAUCUGUAUAGGUUGCUUCAGAUAAUGUAAUUUAAAUUUAUGUCAAUGUAAAGUACACUUCACAAGAUCAAAAUGGGCCAAGCCAUAGAAAAGGAGCUCUGUGGUACAAUUUGUGUGUUAGAAAGGUCAGUGUAUAUCCCGUGAAGCUGUCGUUGGAUUAUUCAAUAGGAGUAAAUAAUGUUUUACCCGGUACUAUGUUCUUUUUCAUUCAUUAUUUAAAAUGGUAAGCCUUUACUGUAAUUGGCUUAGUACAUGUAGUGAAAAGAAGUGUUGGUUGUAUAAAUACAGUUGUGUUUUCUUUAAUACAUAGUAUGUGCUUAUGACAGGAAAAGUUCAUCGAAGGUCCACAUUCACA